UUUCAUAUGUUACACUAUAUUAAAUUAUAAAUUAGUCAUAUAAUUGUUGUUUUGUCUGUGAUGUAAUCUAGUAUAUAUUUUUUGUUGUCUCAGUGUUGAUAAUAAUCAAGUGUCAAAAAUAAGUGUAUAACUUUUUGCAUCCAAGAUUUUACUCUCUCUAUUGGAUGUUAAUAAUGUUCAAUCUGGAGCACAGCUUGAACAGAAGAAUUUGUACGCUUCAAAUUUACACAACGUCCGUCCAAAUUUCCGAAAUACCGACGACGAAGUUCCAUCGCACGCAGUCGUAAGAGAGCUUCAGAAAAGUCAGUGGGCGAUGACCGAGUGAUUAUUUAAAAAUAAUUACUCUGGUCAGGAGCUGUGCACUAGAUGAGGAGAGUGGGCUUUCAUCGUGACGCGCGACUCGUAUACGCGAUCAGAUCGUCUCAAUUCGAAGACAUGGCUUUUUUCUCACGAAUAGGUCGCGCGUACCGCGAUUUCGAUUACAUGUCCCAUCGCAGAAAAGACAUCCCGGAUACGGAGUUGCACCAGCUUGCGUGCAACAGCGAAGCGACCAAAGAUAACUUCGUUACUCUGGUAAACGCUGGCGCUAAUUUGGAUGUUGAAAACGGGCGUGGAUUUACGCCCAUGAUGGAGGCCAUAUAUCAUAAAAACGACUUGAUUCUGUCGUGUUUGAUAGAAGCUGGCGCGGACGUAAAUUACACCAACAGCAGAGGCCUGACGCCCGUCCUCGUGGCCUGCAACAGCGGCAACAUCCCGGCCGUGUCGCUGCUGCUGAGGAACGGCGGCGCCGCCGACGCGAGGACGCGCGAGUGCAAACUCACGGCGCUGCACUUCCUCACGGCGGCCAAAUUCCGAAACCCGGACGAGGUGUCGUCCAGGGACAUUCGCUGGAUGUCGCUGAGGCUGGCCGAGGCCCGGGCCAACCCCAACGCUCGGGACAGCAAAGGCGAGACGCCGCUGCACUACGCCAUGAAGACCAACGACGUCGGCAUAUUCGUGCACUACAUCGAGCUCGGGGCGAGCACGAGCUUCGUGACCGACGACUCCAACACGAUGCUGCACGAGCUGAUGGUGGAUCGCGGCCAGUUGACCGACGAUCAGAAGCAAAUGGCAGAGAUACUGCUGAGCAGAGAUGCCGAUAUCAAUGCAGUCAACGAUAAAGGCGAGGUGCCGCUGCAUUGUGCGAUAAUUAGCGGCCGACAGCAGAAGGUUCAGUUUCUCCUGGAGCGCGGAGCCGAUCACAGCAGAUGGUGGUCGAACAGGCUGGGAUCGGCGCUAACCCGCUACAACGACUGGAGCGUUGGCUGCGACCGUCCGCAGAUGUGCGCAGCGACUCAUCAUCCGGACCAGCUGACGCUGCUCAACUCGGCCAUAAAGCUCGGCAAGGUCGAGGUCGUUAAAUACCUCAUACGGUACUUGGGUACCGGCGAGGUCGAGCGGCCGAAUCGUACCGAUAAUCACGACGCCGUGAAGACGCCUCUGUUUUACGCGCUCCCGUCGUCGGAGAUGGUCAAAAUUUUAUUAGACGCAGGUGCCAACUUCCGAAGAGGAGUAUUGCACAUGUCGUCGCUCGUCCACUUGGCGGUGCGCCACGAUUUCUCCGACUCGCUGGCGCUGCUGCUGGAUCACGGCGCCGAUCACGACGCGAUGGACUUCGAGGGUCACACGCCGCUCGAGUGCUCGCUGAGGCUGUCGCGCGAGUCCACCAAGCGCACCAAACUCCUCGUGCAGCAGCAUCUGCGCAUGCGCACGAUGACCCUCGACUCGCUGGAUCGGGUGGCGCGCGCCGAGAACGCGCCCUGGCUCGCCCGAUUCAGCCGCGAGUGCCAGAAGGAGCUCGAGCGCAUGCGCACCGACUACUUCAGCGAGGACAUCUCCUGCUCGGUCUUCAGGACCUUCGCGUUUCGCGACAUCGACAGCCUGGACGUGGACACGACCUGGCGCGACAUCGGCUGGGUGUUCUACGAGCACGAGCGCCGCAAGCGGUAUCCGAUCUACGCGGACAUGCUCGCGACGAGAUUCGAGCGCAUACGCGAGCGCCAGAUAGCCCUCGACAAGGGCAUCUACGUGCUCAACGUGUAUCUGGAGCCGGUGGCCGAGUGGCUUUGCAUGGGGACCCGUCUGCCGGCGCCCGUUCUGCAUGCGAUAAUACGGAAUUUCUCCAAUGCCGAUAUAGCUUGGAGCUACGAGCAUUUAAAGCCUCUUUAAUUCGAUGUAUAGAUUUAAUACAUGAGGGUUCAGGGCUUCACUUCUCAGACUUAUAUUUUCAUGCAUUUACAAUUUUUUUGAAUUUUAAGGUGUGUGUAAACACCUUUUAAUGCAUCACACUAUAUACAUCACACCAGCUCACCAUUCUCUCACGCACAGAAUCAAUUCAUUCAUUUCCCUACGGAAAUUAAGU